GCCACCAUGAUGCAAGCUCCGGUGAUGGUUCUCAACACCAACACGAAGCGCGAGACGGGCCGCACCGCGCAGCUGGGCAACAUCGAGGCCGCCAAGGCCGUGUCCGACAUCGUGCGCACGACGCUGGGCCCGCGCUCGAUGCUCAAGAUGCUGCUGGACCCGAUGGGCGGCAUCGUCAUGACCAACGACGGCAACGCCAUCCUGCGCGAGGUGGACGUGGCCCACCCGGCGGCCAAGAGCAUGAUCGAGCUGAGCCGCGCGCAGGACGAGGAGGUGGGCGACGGCACCACGUCCGUCAUCAUCCUGGCCGGCGAGCUGCUGGUCGUGGCCGAGCCCUUCCUGUCGCACCAGGUGCACCCGACGGUGAUCAUCCGCGGCUUCAACCGCGCGCUCAACGCGUCCAUCGAGAUCGCCAAGACGCUGGCGCGCACCAUCGACAUCGAUAACAAGGAGGACAUGCGCAACCUCGUGCAGUCGUCCAUCGGCACCAAGUUCUCCCCGCGCGUGGGCAACCUCGUGAGCGACCUGGCGCUGGACGCCGUGCUCACGGUCGUGCGCACCACGGCCUCGGGCCGCAAGGAGGUGGACGUCAAGCGCUACGCCAAGGUGGAGAAGAUCCCCGGCGGCGAGCUCGAGGACAGCCGCGUGCUCAAGGGCGUCAUGUUCAACAAGGACGUGACCCACUCCAAGAUGCGCCGCCGCAUCGAGAACCCGCGCGUGCUGCUGCUGGACUGCCCGCUCGAGUACAAGAAGGGCGAGAGCCAGACGAACGUCGAGCUCACCAACGACCAGGACUGGAACACGCUGCUGCGCCUCGAGGAGGAGUACAUCGAGAACCUGUGCGCGCAGAUCGUGGCCAUGAAGCCCGACGUCGUCAUCACGGAGAAGGGCGUGUCCGACCUGGCCCAGCACUACUUCGUCAAGGCCGGCAUCACGGCCUUCCGCCGCCUGCGCAAGACGGACAACAACCGCGUGGCGCGCGCCACAGGCGCCACCAUCGUGAGCCGCGCGGACGAGAUCCAGGAGGCCGACAUCGGCACCAAGUGCGGCCUCUUCGAGGUGCGCAAGCUGGGCGACGAGUACUUUGCGUUCUUCGAGGAGUGCAAGGACCCGGGCGCCUGCAGCAUCCUGCUGCGCGGUGGCAGCAAGGACGUGCUGAACGAGAUCGAGCGCAACCUCCAGGACGCCAUGCAGGUGGCGCGCAACGUUGUGUUCGAGCCGCUGCUGCUGCCCGGUGGCGGCGCCACGGAGAUGCGUCUGGCGCACGAGCUCAAGAAGCGCGCGGACGAGAUCGAGGGCGUGGAGCAGUUCCCGUUCCGGGCAGUGGGCGAGGCGCUCGAGGUCAUCCCGCGCACGCUGCUGCAGAACUGCGGCGCCGACGUGGUGCGCGUCAUGACGUCGCUGCGCGCCAAGCAGGCCGAGACGGAGGAGUCGUACGGCGUGGACGGCGUGACCGGCAAGGUGACACCGUCGGAGGAGCUGGGCGUGUGGGAGCCCUUCCAGGUCAAGACGCAGUCCAUCAAGACAGCCGUGGAGGCUGCGUGCAUGCUGCUGCGCAUCGACGACAUUGUGUCUGGCCUGGCCAAGAAGAAGAACUAG